GUUUUCCUUCCGCGAAGUUUUCUUGCGCACGCGCAGUGUUGGUCUCGGUUGCUCUUUUGCUCAGUGUUUAUCCUACACAUUCCCUUUCACUGUUACAUUUAUUGUCAGCGCCGGCCCGGUUUUGCUCCCAGUGAAGAUGGCGGCUGAUGCAUAUUCAGCCAGGCUACGGGACAGCCGUAGGCACCGACCAGGAGGACCAGGAGCCCCUGCCGUUACCUCUAUGGAUUUGGACGCCGCGACUUUGGUGCUAGGAGCUGGAGUUACUGUGCUCACCCACCCGCUACUUUACGUGAAGCUCCUAAUUCAGGUUGGUCAUGAACCUCAGCCACCUAUAAUGGGAACUAAUCUUUUUGGCCGUAAAGUUCUCUACCUGCCUGGCUUUUUUUCUUAUGCCCGGUACAUUAUCAAGGUGGAUGGAAAGAAAGGCCUAUUCCGAGGCCUGACGCCCCGGCUUGUAUCCAGUGCCAUUUCCACGGUGGUGCGCAGCAGAGCCAGACAGGUCAUUCCACUGAGUGACAUGGAACAUGUGUCCAAUAAAGAUGAUAUCAAAACUACUCUUAACAAAGUUGUCACUGAGACCUCCCAUGAGAUGGUGGUUCAGUGUGUUUCCUGGGUUCUGAUUCAUCCAUUCCAUGUGAUUUCUGUACGUUGCAUGGCCCAGUUUGUUGGGAGAGAGGUGAAAUACAGUGGCUUGUUUGGCUCUAUUGUGAGAAUCUACAAAGAAGAGGGACUUAUGGGUUUUUUUGUGGGACUUGUGCCUCACUUAAUGGGAGAGGUCAUAUUCCUUUGGUGCUGCAAUUUGUUGGCCCACUUAAUUAACACUUACGCUGUGGAUGACAAUUUCACCCAUGCACCAGCAGUGAGAAGCUACACAAGAUUUGUAAUGGGGAUGGCUGUCAGCCUACUCACAUACCCCUUUCUGGUGGUAACAGACCUGAUGGCCAUUAAUAACUGUGGGUUGAUAGCUGGAAAUCCUCCUAAUUUCCCAGUCUUCAAAUCCUGGAUACAUUGCUGGCGGCAUCUUAGUGCCAAGGGUCAUUUAUUCCGUGGAUCCAGUUUCUUUUUUCGGCGAGUUCCCAUGGAGACAGCCAAAUUCACAGUAGAAUGAAAUGAAAAACAUUGUUAUUUAUGUGUCAUGGUAAAUGGGCUCUAUGAUAUUGUUAAAUUGAUAAGUAUGACCAUUUUUACAUUUUAAGAUAUUAAUUUUGGAAUUACCUGUUUUAUUAUAUUUUAAGGAAGAAAAUAUUUUUACACAGCAAUUAUUUUUGUCUCCAUCUUAAGAUUCUAUAUUUUUUUUCCUAAUGAUGUUUUUUUUUUUGCCCUUUUAACUCUGUACAAGAAUCAUUACAGUGGUACAGUAUACAUGAAAAUUUUAGUAAAAUAUCUUAAAUGGAGACUGAAGAAAUUUUUAUUAUAUAAACACAGGAUUUAAAAUUUCCAUAGGGCAAUUAAUUAUAUCUAACUCAUAUUUUAUGGGAGUACUUUUUAUUAUUUUUUGGCUACAGAGUAUAACUUAGGGAUGACAUUUUAAAAACAAGUACAGUCAACUUUUAAUUUUUUUUUUGGUAAAACCUACAUUGUGGUCAGGGUAUGACUCUUGAUAUACUCGUGCAAGAUGCUGUUCUAUGGUGGUGAGAAUAAGAUCCUCCUGGGGUCCAUCACAAAUGUGUGAACAGAGUUAAAUGACCUAGGACCUGUAUUUAUUUAAAGUUUUGCUGUACUGGUAAUGGCACUGUGUUAGUCCAUUUCUAAGACUCGAUGGUCACUGUAUUGAAGUCUGUUUAAGAAUACAUGUGACUAGUUCAGUAAGAGUGCAGAGAUUUUCAUGGAAACAAAGUUGACGAAAUGGCCAAAGGAAGCCCUUGUACUUUUCACAAGUGCUCGUUUUGUACAUACUGUAAAAAGAGUUAAUAUGUCCUGAUAAUUUUUUACUUUACUGUUAUUCUGAUGCUAACAACAGUAAGGAGUUUAUCCUUCAAACUAAAUGUAUAACCAGGUAAACAGAAACAUACAGUUAAGUGAAGAAGUAAAUACAUCCCUUGGAAAUUGUUCUUCAGGUAAACAGUGGCAACAGAUACAUGUGAUACACUUGAAUAAAAACACAAGACUCAUUAUUUAUUCAGCAAAAAUUUAAAUCGAAGUAAUGGUCUACAGGGGAAAACGUAAGUACACCCUUGGUCUCAGAAGCUGGUUUUGCCCCCUUUAACAGAAAUGACUUUUUGUAGGCAUUUUGCAUAACUGCCCAUCACUCUCUGACAUUGCCUCGGUGAAAUUUUGGACUGCUCCUCGAUUCAACAUUCCUUCAGUUCCAAGAUGUUUGUCGCUUUUCUUGCGUGUACUACCUGUUUCAGUUCCCCCCACACCAUUUCAGUUGGAUUCAAACAGGCCUUUGACUAAGCUAUUCCAUUACCCUCCAUUUCAUCUUUUGAGCCAUUCUUUAGUGGAUUUGCUAGUGUGCUUCAGUUCAUUAUCAUGUUGAUAGGUCCAUUUCCAGUUCACCCUUAACUUUCAUGUUUUCCUCAAGCACACUUUGAUGUGAUGCAGAAUUCAUAGUUGAGUGAAUAACUCCAACCUGUCCAGGCUUUGAGGCAACAAAGCAACCCCAAAUGAUAACAUUUCCACCAUUUCCGAGUUGGUAUAAGGUUCUUCUCAUGAAAUGCUGUUUUUAGUUUGUGACAAACAUUUCUACUGUUACUGUGACCAAACAACUCUUUCUUAGAUUUAUUUGUCUAGAGCCCAAUGUUCCAGGUGACCCCGUCUUUAAACACAAAGGCAAUGUCAAACUGCAAUGUUGUGCUAAUGUUCUUUUUGGACAGCAAAGGCUUUUUCCUGGUGCAUCUCACUUGCAUGUCAAAUUUGUGCAAUCUCUUUCUGACUGCAGAUGCCUGCACCAACUUUUGCAAGAGUUACCUGCAGUUUCCCCAGUGACAUUUUAGGGUUCUUGAAGACUUUUUAGUAUCAAAAGGUCAGCUAUUAGGUUGGAUUUGCUGGGUUAACCAGUCCUGGACAAAUUAGCAGUCACUUGAAAUCUACAUCACUGGUAAAUGAUUUUCUUUACAGUGGAAUCAUUGUUUUUUAAUAAUUCAGCAAUCUUUAAUUCCCUUGCCAGACUUACAAGCAUCCCCAACCUUCUUUCUGAGGGCCUUGAAGAGCUCUUCUAAAAUAGCAUGAUGACACCACACACAUCAGUAACAAAAGAGAACACCAGAGUCUCUAAUUUGGACCAGUACCACCUGCAUACUCCCUAAGAAGGUUCUAAAUAUUGGCACCCAAUUUGGAACACUUGAUUCUAAUUUUAUAGAUUUGAAGCGGUGAUAAAUGUAGGGGUGUACUUAGUCUUUCCACAUGACAAAUCAGCAUUUCUGCUAAUUUAGCUUAUGAGAAUGAGUACACCAUGUCAAUUGUAUGUGUCAUUUGUUCAAGUAUAUCACCUUUAUAUGGAGGACUGGUACGGUUUGCAUGAAGAUCUACUCAAAAAUCUUGAAAAAGUCAACAAUUCCACGAGGUGUACUUACUUUUUCUCAUUCCUGUAUCUUAUUAAGUAGCACUUGCAUUUUAAGGUUGUUGCUUUUACAUUGACAAGUUACUAUUUGCAGAAAUGAGAGGGGAAGUUAAUAUCCUGUAUUUAUGACAAAUUCAAGGUCUUUGUUGUUAAACUAUUUGUAUACCAAAAAAAAAAAAAAACUCAAAGUUCUGUAAGUACUUAUCAAAAUGUUAACAAUGAUGUUUUUAUUAAUAUAUUUAUUUUACUUGAAUAAGGAUGUUUGGGAGAUUAGCUUUAUCAAUAUGCAAGUCAGAACUAGCAAAUUAAUAAGACUAAACUCAAACAGCUUCCAUAUUUUAUUGCUGCAUUUCUAUUACAAACACAAAACCACAGCAAAAUUGCUAGAUAAGCCAACUCUUGACAAGUUUACAGUAUUAUUUGAAAUUCAUUCUAAUUCCAUAAAAUAUUGCACCUUUCUUAAUAUUGUGCUAUUUUUCCUCAUAUUGUAGCAUGGAUCAAUGCUGCAAGACAUCUUAAAUAUGCACAAGCCAGUAUUGUUUUUGAUUAAAUCUUAGACUUUUAGCUAAAGUAUAUUUUAAUUACAGACACCUUUUAGUUAUGUGCAUUAUUUGUAUACACAACUAAGCAACAUCUUCUAGGUUUAAGGUUACUUAAGUAGAUCUGUUUUCCAACGGUCUGUUCAUAACUUUACUGAUUUUGAUUUUUUUAUUUUGGCAAGUACAGAUCAUACAGUAGCACUGGUGCAAGAUUUAAGAUUUUGGAGUAUUAACUACAAAGACCUAUACAGAACUAGUCUAAAAUGUAAUAAAGAUAAAUUUAUUUUGCUGUAAAAAAUUCAAUUUCAAAAUGUUUUUUUUUUAACAAGGCUUAGCUUUAAGACUGGUGCUAUGAACAGAAUUUUCCUUACCAUUUUAAUCAAAAUUACACAAACCACAAGAAGUCAUUCAGAACAACAAAAAUAUAAUUACAUUCACAUUUUAAAAAAUGUCAGUGGGGAUGAGGAUUUGAGAGCACACAGUGGUUACUGCUUCAGAGGCCUGGGGUUUGAUUCCCAUCUCAGUUUGCAUACUCUGUGUGGCUGUGUUUGGUUUUGUUUCUCUGUAUAAUCUGACUUUGCUCUCACAUCCUAAAGAUGGGCAAGUCUGGUGGUGCCAACUGCUGCUGGAAAAAGCCUCAGCACCUCCAAACCAAAAACUGGAAUAAGUGGGUUAAAAAAAAGGGGUGGAUAUCCAUCCAUCCAUUAUCCAAGCCGCUGAAUCCGAACACAGGGUCACGGGGGUCUGCUGGAGCCAAUCCCAGCCAACACAGGGAACCAAUCCUGGGCAGGGUGCCAACCCACCGCAGGACACACACAAACACACCCACACACCAAGCACACACUAGGGCCAAUUUAGAAUCACCAAUCCACCUAACCUGCAUGUCUUUGGACUGGAGGAAACCGGAGCACCCGGAGGAAACCCACGCAGACACGGGAAGAACAUGCAAACUCCACGCAGGGUGGACCCGGGAAGCGAACCCAGGUCUCCUAACUGCGAGGCAGCAGCGCUACCACUGCGCCACCGUGCCGCCCCAGGGGUGGAUAGAUGAGUCUAAAUUUCAGAUCACCUCAUGUGGAAAGCUUCUUUAUUUUUACAGUCUGUUAAGACCAAAAAUUAAAAGUAAGACCAAACAUGGGAACUUUUUGCAGUUCUCUUUGUUUUGCUCAUGUUUAGGAAAAGUAUUUAGUUCCUUGCUAUAUAACAGACAUGCCUAAAAUACAAUAUCUUACAUUAUCCCCGUUAUCCUAACUACAGGGUCACGGGGGUCUGCUGGAGCCAAUCCCAGCCAACACAGGGCGCAAGGCAGGAAACAAACCCCAGGCAGGGUGCCAGCCCACAGCAGUUAUCCCCAUUAUCUAACAGAUAAUAACAGGAACGACACUAUGCAUUUAGAUGGUAAGGUUUUACUUGUGUAGACACCGGGGCAACUAAUAAUUAAGUUUCAGGGUAUACAAACUCCCCACCCUCAAAAUGAUGUGUAAGUGUAUGUCUCUCACAGCCCUCCGUUUAUGAGGGUCUUAACAGAAUUUAUAUCCACCUUUUGAAUGGCUUCAUUAUGUGUUGACAAAUACUUGUGUAUAAAGUUUCUCCAGCAUUGGCAGUGGUUUGCCAGUCUUGUGGAAUCCUUUGAGUGACAUAUUAAGAUGCAUGUUUGUGGCACAAGCAGCUCUGGGAGUAUACCCACCACAAGUAAACUCUCAAAACUACCAUAUGUGUUGUAUUUUGGUAAUCUGCAUCUCAGUAGCUGACAUGGGGUUAAAUUCCUGAAAAUACAAAAGAAACUGUGAGUGACAAGUCAAGCAAACUCAAUUAAAGAGUCAAGUUUUUAACUGUCAGUGUACACUUACGUUACAUUAGGAUGCCUGAGCCUGACACCGUAGCACUUAGCAAAAUACAGAAACAAAAAACCCUGCACAGGACAUCAGUCCACUGAGGGGAGUACAUACUGUACGUACAUGCCCUCGCUAUCUAGACUAGGACACCCAACAGUUAUAUAAACUCUCUGAUGUGAAAGAAAACUAGAACAUCUUGAAAAAGCCUUUUUAGAUAUGGGGAGAAGGUACAGGCUCUUCCUCUGGCCAGGAUUUGAACUUGGGCCCUGGAGAUAUGAAGCAGUGUCACUAACCAUUACACCACAAACACUUUCAUGUCAUACAUAUUAAAAUAAAAACUGAAUUGUCUUUUUCGUCAAUGAUGUGCCAAAUUACUGCCAUCAUUAUUUAGCUGUCAAAAACAAUACAAACCUACAGACUUGACCUCCUUUUAUAACAACUCCAGUUUCUUACAGAGAGGAAUACAGGCGAGUUUACACUCAUGAGGCCCCUCAAUCUCUCUACUUGUUUAGGUUCCUUAUUUCUGUAUCUGGUCGAGCUUUUAACUGACUGAUCCAGUAAUCUAAUGCAGAGAUGGCACAGUGUCCACCUCAACAACCCUGUCAGGGCAGUUUACUCAACGGCAGCAGCCUGCUCUGUUUAAAAAGGUGCUUUCUGGGUUUUUUUGUAAAUAAAUUUUAUCCUCUUGUACCCACAAUGUAUUCACUUAUCAUAGGAGCCAAAUACAUACAUUGAUUUUUUUUGUAAAGGCAAAGCAAGUCAUUGGAGAAUGAAACACUACACUACAUAGCACUUUCUAACUGGUCGAGACUUUUAAGUGUAAGUUAGAUGUAUUAGGAAUAAUGAUGUGUGACUUUCUUGCUUGUAACCCCGAUUUGGACAAAGCAAGUUUUAAAGGUGAUCAGAUGGAUGGAUGUUAACUUUCUUCUGAAAAUGUUGUCUACUUUAAUUAUUUUGCUUCCCAACUGAAUUGUAAACAAUUUUGUCUGUAAAAAUCUCUUAAAUUUUGGGAUAAUAAAAAAGAUAAUGCUGGUAUA